CUCCACAGGGUGUGUAUGCUGAGGUGGGCAACAUGCUCUUCUCUUCCUCAGGUGUACAAGGGCUUGGACAUCAUCACAAACAAGGUUUCUCCCCAGGAGCAGCGCCUGUGCAGACACCACAUGAUCAGCUUUGUGGAUCCUCUCGUCUCCAAUUACACAGUGGUGGAUUUCAGAGACAAAGCUGUGGCUCUGAUUGAAGAUAUCUUUGCUCGAGACAAGAUCCCGAUUGUCGUGGGAGGAACCAACUACUACAUUGAGUCUUUGCUCUGGAAGGUCCUUGUCAACACCAAGGAGAAGUCCAGCCUGGUGUCUGGGACAGUCACUGACAGGAAAGUGGAGCUGGAGCAGCUGGAUGCUGUUGAUCUCCAUCGCCGCCUGAGCCAGGUAGACCCAGAGAUGGCAGCCAAGCUGCACCCCAACGACAAGCGCAAAGUGGCCAGGAGCCUCCAAGUGUUUGAAGAGACAGGGAUCCCCCACAGUGAAAUCUUGCAGCAGCAGCAGGAGGAGGAAGGUGGGGGACCCUUAGGGGGGCCCCUAAAAUACCCACACUCUUGUAUCUUGUGGCUUCACGCAGACCAGGCAGCUCUGGACCAACGGCUGGACCAGCGGGUGGAUGAUAUGCUGGCUGCAGGGCUGCUGGAAGAGCUGCGGGACUUCCACCAACGCUACAAUCAAGAAAAGGUGACCGAAAACCGGCAGGAUUAUCAGCAUGGAAUCUUCCAGUCCAUUGGUUUCAAGGAGUUUCAUGAGUACCUUGUCAGUGAGGGGAAUUGCUCACCUGAGACCAGUGCCCUGCUACUGCAAAAAGGGGAUUUGCUGUGCCGACUGUUUCUCCCUGCUGGCUUGGAGACCUCCACACCGAUAGCAGAAACAUUUCUCUUAAGCAAGCAUGGGAUCCAGGCCCUGAAACAGGUGAGCAAGAGAUACGCUCGGAGGCAGAACAAAUGGGUCCGAAACCGCUUCCUGAAACGUCCUGGCCCCAACGUGCCCCCGGUGUAUGGCUUGGAGGUGUCUGAUCUCCUGCGGUGGGAAGAUGAUGUGCUGAAGCCUGCUCUGGAGAUUGUGGAGAGCUUCAUCCAGGGACGCAAGCCACCCGUGGAGCCUGUAAAGAUGGAGUGUGAUGUGAACGAGAACAAACGGAGCCGUCGUGUGUGCGAGCUCUGCAGCAGAGUCAUCAUCGGGGACAGGGAGUGGGCAGCUCACACGCAAUCCAAAGCCCACCUACACCACCUGAAGAGAAAGAAGCUGGAGGCUGCUGGACAUGCUGCAGAGACGGUGAGGGACAGCAGGAGUGCAGAGACCCCGGGCAAGGGCAGCAGCAUGCCUCUCUCAUAGGUUUGCGGGCGUGCUUCCACCUGGACGGCGAGGAAGGGCCGAGACCUGGGCGACCAAAGGAGCUGAGUCAUUUUUGGGGAUGAGGCAGGUGUGCGAGUGACAGCCAGAAGGCCGUGGCUGCGUCAGAGCCUCUUCAUGUGGCCUCGUCUUGCCGCGCCGUGCUUCUCCUGCCCUGCCUGCAGAGGACUGGCCCUGGGCCAAGGCUGCCGGGGCGUCCCGUGCCCAGCAUUCGCUCCUGCCGCAGACUCGGUAUCCCUGGAAAGGUGGAGCUUCUCCUUUGGCAUGCAAACGUGGUGUUCUCAGAGACAGAAAUACUGUGCUCCUCCAGCUUGGCCAGCAGUGCAGCUCGGGGCCUGAGUGAGCUCUCACUGCCUUUUUGUGGAGAGGAUAUUUUUUUGAACUUACAUGGAAAUAAAGGUACAAGGUUACUGUGGAUUCCCCUGCCUAUUAAAAAGGUUGAGCUUG